UAAAUGCCCAGUGGUCUGUGAUAAGCUUCAAGAGCUCGUUGUUGUGUCACAUCGUUUCCGGUAGCCAGUAAACCUGCAUGUAUAGGAGGCGUGCGCUUUUGGCGGCAUUCAACCCAAUCGUGACAAGAGCUUUCGUCCGCUUGUGAUAGCUGUUGGCGUCAUAGUAGCCAACCUGUGUAGGUUUUCAGGUUUCAUUAAUGCCACCGUAUGCGCGUCUUUCUUUUGAGAUUUGUUGAGCCUCGUUUCAACCGCGCUCCCUUUCCUUUUCUGGUCACUGCCUUGUCCCAUUUCCCUUACUUUCAACCCUUGCGGCUUGAUACCUCACCGUUUAGGCUUCUGCAAGUCUCACACAGUACACGAUGCCAUCCUUAGUCGCCACGAAUGGCGAUUCAGACUUUGCACAGAGAGGUUCUGGCGUAACAAAGUUCACCAACUGCUUGCUGGUCAAGGGCAAUAGCCUUGUCCAAGAGGAUCUCUGGGUCAGCUCCAUCAGUGGUAAAAUCUUAAACGGACAAGAGCUUCUGUUCGAGCACAGAACUGCACCAGAUCAGAUUGUUGACCUUGAUGGCCGCAUACUCUCUCCCGGGUUCAUCGAUACUCAGCUGAACGGCGCAUAUGGAUUCGACUUCUCCGUCAUUCCAGAUGAGGGAGCUACAGCUUAUGGCAAGGGUGUGCUUCACGUCAAUAGAAGUCUUAUCGCGACUGGUGUAACAUCUUACCUGCCGACAAUGACUUCACAGCGUCCCGAGGUCUAUCAUGAGGCACUACCUUACUUGGGUCCAUCAGGUGUCGCUCGCGACCCCUCCUAUGGCUCAGAAUCUUUGGGCGUUCAUUGCGAAGGCCCCUUCAUGAGCCCUACGAAGAACGGCAUCCACAACGCCGCUGUCUUGCGCGAACCGACGCAUGGAAUCUCAGACAUAGCCGAUUGCUAUGGCGCCGCUCACAUUGGGCACUCUUCGCCUAUCAAGCUCAUCACACUCGCUCCAGAGCUGCCAGGAGCCCUCUCUUCCAUUCAAGCACUUACGGACAGCGGCAUCAGGGUCUCGAUCGGACACUCGGAAGCCACAUAUGAGGAAGCCAAGCUGGGUAUCAAGGCCGGCGCAAGUAUGAUAACGCAUCUGUUCAAUGCCAUGCGCCCCCUCCAUCACCGUAACCCGGGUAUCUUUGGUCUGCUCGGCACGCCAUCUUCCUCCAUCCGCAAGCCAUACUUUGGGAUCAUCGCAGACGGGAUACACUUACACCCUACCUCCAUCAAGAUUGCAUGGAAUGCGCACCCAGAGGGGCUGAUCCUAGUCACAGAUGCUAUGCGUCUUGCUGGGAUGCCUGAUGGUACUUACGACUGGACCAAUGGAUCGCGCAUCAUCAAGCAGGGUCCACUGCUCACUCUCGAAGAGAAUGGCAAGAUUGCCGGGAGCAGUAUCCAGCUUGUGGACUGUGUAACCAAUUUUUUGAACUGGACCGGCGCGAGCGUGUCGGAGGCGCUGAAGGCUGUUACGGAGACGCCGGCAAGGAUGUUAGGCAUGGAAGAUACCAAAGGCACUUUGAGUGAGGGUGCUGAUGCAGACUUGGUUGUCCUGGACCUGCAAGAGGGUGCCAUGGGAGGUGAGAAGAAGAUCGUUGUUGACCAAGUCUGGAAGUUUGGUGCAAAGGUUUUCGACAACGCAUCCGACGGUUGAUUGAGUCGCUGUGCCCAAGAGCGAGGAUGAAACCUGCGCUCGCUACUCUUAGUUGAUUCUGAAGGAUUAGGUAGCUGUCGUGCAUACUUGAGACUGUAUAUGAUCAGACUGUAGACACGUAGAUCUCUGUUCACGCUCAACAUGUCAUAAUACUAUUAAAUCCAA